AUGGUGUUAGUUAUAGUCAAAGCUCUUCUUAAGCCAAAAACCUUUCUUAGAUUUUUGGGGGAAAUCAUCUUCUCAGCAAUUUCGUCGAUGUGGUUGUCUUGGCAUUCGAACCCGCGACCCUGUUCAAAAGAAUCCGAAACCAGGGAUUGGUUGGAUCUUCCGCGGGAUGUUACAGCAAAGAUUCUCCAGAAGCUUGGUGCAAUUGAAAUUCUAAUGAACGCUCAGUUGGUGUGCACUGAGUGGAGGAAUAUCUGUUUUGAUUCUCUUAUGUGGCGCACCAUUGACAUGCGGAUUGAUGACUAUUCCUACAUCUCCCACUUCAAUUUGAGGACCAUUGACGUGCAGAAUAAGGACUAUCCCUACGAUUUGAGGACUAUGUGUCGCAAAGCAAUUAACCGCAGCUGUGGCCAAUUGGUGGAUAUUAAUGUCGAGCAUUUUGGUACCGAUGAUCUGCUCGAGUAUAUCACCUAUUCCAUAUCGGAUAGAGUAUUGAGUGAAGUUGCUAAAAAGCUUCCGAUGUUAGAGGAGCUUGACAUUUCCUUCUGUUACAUACGUAAGGAUGGUCUACAAGCAAUUGGACAAUGUUGCCCACUUUUAAAAUCCUUGAAAUUCAACGCUGCCACCUAUGACUCUGAUGAGGAGGCAUUUGCUAUUGCUAGAACCAUGCCUCAGUUAAGCCAUCUGGAGCUGUCUGGAAACAAGUUGACUAAUGUUGGCUUGCUUGCCAUUCUUGAUGGUUGUCCUCACAUUCAAUAUCUUGACUUACGGAGCUGUUUAAAUGUUGAUUUGGGAUCUAGUUUGGGGAGAAGAUGUGCUCAACAGAUUAAGGAAUUGCGGGAACCAAAUGCUCCUACUGAUAUUUUUAGAAACUAUUAUGAAGCUGGGAUUUUGAAGAAGCUUGACUCGUCUGGUCCGUGCACUGUUUACUAA